CUGUCAGGAGCCGCACAUGGAUCGCGACUCGGCUGCGCUACCGCUCCAGUCGCGCAGUUGUGCUGAACCUGAGUGAGAGCUGCACCUGGGGGGGGGUUCGCCAGCUGAUUGAUCGGCUCGAAUAGCGGGGCAUUUGCAAAGGGCUUUGUAUUUAACACAGAAAUCUGAGAAUUAUACAUCAUUUUUAUAUAUAUAUAUACAUAUAUAUAAAUAUAUUUUCGUAUCAACGCGGAGUUUGUUUUUUUGGGGGGGAGGGAGAAGGUAAUGAUGGCCAGACCGCUCACUAUAAAUCCAACUUUUCUACCUCCAACCCACGGAGUGCUUAAAUCUUUACUGGAGAACCCACUGAAGUUGCCGCUGCACCACGAAGAAGGUUUUGGGAAGGAAAAAGAGAAAGAGAAGAAGCUUGAUGAUGAUGGGACAGGCACCAGUGUGCCUCAGUCAGCCUUUUUGGGUCCAACACUGUGGGACAAGACGCUGCCUUACGAUGGAGACACCUUUCAGUUGGAAUACAUGGACCUUGAGGAGUUUCUUUCAGAAAAUGGUAUUCCUUCCAGCCCUGCCCAACGUGACCAAAACCAGCACCAGCAAGCUCCUCUGCAGCCAACCUCUGCCCCAGCAACACCCUCUGUCAUGGACCUCAGCAGCCGUGCUUCUACUUCAGUUCACCCUCCAAUGGUGUCUCAGAACUGCAUGAAUAGUCCUGUCCGAUCAGUAUUGUCAUCCUCCCGCAACACUCCAAGCCCCAUUGACCCAGAUUCCAUUCAGGUUCCAGUGAGCUACGAGCCGGACCCAGCUGAUCUAGCUCUUUCUAGCAUCCCAGGGCAAGAGAUCUUUGACCCCCGCAAACGCAAAUUCUCUGAGGAGGAGCUGAAACCGCAGCCCAUGAUCAAAAAAGCACGCAAGGUCUUCAUUCCCGAUGACAUGAAGCAGGAUGACAAAUACUGGGCAAGGCGCAGAAAGAACAACAUGGCUGCCAAGAGGUCCCGCGAUGCACGACGGCUCAAGGAGAACCAGAUCGCCAUCCGUGCUGGCUUCCUGGAGAAGGAGAACACGGCAUUGCGUCAAGAAGUGGCCGACCUACGGAAAGAGCUUGGUCGCUGCAAGAACAUCCUGGCAAAGUACGAAGCCAGGCACGGACCCCUGUAGAUGGGGAGGGGUGGGCGGGCACUGCACAAGUGUGAUGGACAAUGUGUCUCCCGUUCAGUAGCACCACCCCAAAAGAAACCAUUAUUGAUAUUAUUUUAGUUUACUUUUUGUUUUUGUUUCCUGUUGUCAGCACUUUACCAGAGGCAGAGAAAAAAAAAAAAAGCAAACCACGUUAACUGACGUCCAUUUUGAUGUAUUUUAUCACCACCUAUUUAACCUGAGGCCCCUCUGUUUAAGGGAAGGAAGUUCCUUUCUCUCCCAUACUCUCUUGUUUCUUUCCCCACCUGAACAGAUAAUAACUCUGCUGCUUUAUUAUUAAUAUUAUUAUUAUUGAGAUUUUUUUCUGUUUUCUUUUUUAUCGCCGCUGCAUUUCGCUGGUCGCUCAUGGUUUUAACCCUUUCCUUGUACCCUGUUAUUGUUUCUUGUUUAAAAGUUUGUGACUUUCUUUUUGUGUGUUUUGUGCACAGAACGUACACUCUGUUUCUGUAACAGCGAGACAAAAACUAGUGUUUAUUAUUAUUAUUAUUAUUUUUUUACCCUUUCUGUGUGAUAUCUUUUCUGUUUGUUUUUUUUUUCUUUGUUUUUAUUUUAAAGUGUUAUAAGCUAACACUAGCUGAGUAAUAACAUCGUCAUAUGUGCUUCUUCUUUUUUUUUUUUUAUAAAAGUGGAUGGCUCGGCCACUUCUGUCAUCCUGCAGGAGUGCCACUAGUACUGGAAGCAAUAACCUGCCAGCGUGCGUUGGCGUGCUGCUCGCAGGCCUUUUAACGGAAUAACCCGUGCUGUGCUGGCACACUUCCGUCUCCUUGACGGGACCCACGCACUAGGAAGACAGACCAGAAGCACAUUGCUCUCGCAGUACCGGUGCAACGCAACAUCUCAAUACGAUUUGCAGCGGAAAUCUGGCUUUCUUGUUUUUUUUUUUUUUUUUCCAAUUGAAUUGAAGAUUUCUUAAUAUCCAUUUUUUAUUGUCACUUAUAAUAAUAAUUCUUACGUAUUAUUCCUUUUACUAUGGCAUGAUUUUUGUUCCGCUCUUCAGAACCUCCAGUGGUUCAUAUUUUUUUUUGCCAUUCAGUGAGUUCCUUCUCGUGUUUCUGAGCAUGAUUAAUUAGAAGAUAAGCUGCUUGUUCUUUUUUUUUAUUAUAUAUUUUGUUUGUUCCUUUUGUUUUUUUUAAAUUUGUUUUUUUUUUUUGUUUGCUCCCACCCCAUUUUUCUCCUGAAACCUAGCAGUUUUUGGUACUCUUUUUUGGGUGGGUGUGAGAUGAAUGUAAAAGAUUUUUACUUUUAAGUGGGCUGGUGUUGUCCUAUACUGUGGUCAAUCCAAUCAGUUUGUUAAUGUUAUUAAUCUUCAGACCAAAAGAAAAGAAAGAGAGAGAGAUUUUAAAGAGUUUAAUGUUUAUACAAAGCAAUUCUUUAUGGCAUUUUGUACAGUAUUUUUCCAAUACAAAUACUGACAGUGUAUUUUAAAACAAAAGGCAAAAUAUAUAUUGCUUAAAGAGUAGGAAUGCUAUUUAACUGUUUAGAUAUAUAAUAUAUAAUCAGAACUAUUGUACAGAAAGGGUGCAGUUAGCUUGGCGGUACUGCAGUCUAGUAUGCCAGUCACAGGCCUCAAUGCGCCUGCCUGACUUGAAAUUCGUUUUCUUUGUUUCUCCAUUUAUUUAGCUGUCUUUUGAGGUGAGCCUCAAGAUGUAGUGUCCAGGACAAAAGCAUUGCACACACUGUCGAGACCUGCAGGAGCCAAGAGGGCGCACAUCCUGCCAUACAAGCCUGGCAAUGUGCGCCAGGGGGCUUUGGCGAGCAGCGUAUACAAAAGUGUGCAUAAGAAGGCCUUGGCAAGUGGGGGAGCCUUUCACCUUUCCCGCUUGCUGCUUUUCUUUUGCCUCUUUCCACUUGGCAUUUUGCUUUAAGCCUCGGGCCACAUCUUAUUUUUAACGGGACAUCUUGGUCACCGUCAAGGCGCUUCAUAUCACGGAUUGAUAACUAUUGUUCUUGGUUCACAAAUGCAACUUUUUCGCUUGCCACAAAAAGCACACAGACGAAAAAGAUUUGAUCCGCUUAAAAUGACAGAUUGGCCCUUCCGUGACGGCAGGGACGAUAGGUGCCAGCAAAAAAAUACGGAGACAGAAACUGACAGAGAGGGAUAUCUUUGUCUGCCAUAACUGCUGAAAGACAGCUGAAUGCAAAAAAACAAAAACUCCCGUGUAUGUGAGGGUCCGGACCUGCCCCUCGCAGCUGCAUGCAUUGUGACAAUCGUUAAAAUGAUCACUUUUCUCAUACUGGUGUGGAAAUAGUUUUGUUGCCGAGGACCUGCAAUCUCAGGAUCUUUUUUAUGUGCUUUGUAUUCAGAGAGGAUCUGUUUUUAUUUGUUAGUAAAUGAAACCAGACUCCUGUAAAAUCACAAAAAAUAAUGAGGAAUUGAAGCAGCAGACAGCUUAAGAGCACAGGGCCCAAAUAGUUAAAGAGCAUUCACGCAGUUUAAGAACAGCCAUGCACAUGUGUGCCUGUGUGUGUAGCUCGCUCUGCUCUGCUCCGCUUUAUUUUCGUUUUUAUGAACUUGCCCACCAGCAGUGGCACACAUGAAACGGUAAACCUGCAUGUCACUGAGGUGUGUCAUGGACUCGUGACUCGCCCCAGUGCAUAUCGAGGCGCUUUUAUGUCACAGUUUGUUCUGCACUUUACAUUUGAGUCUCUUUGGGGAGGGCGGGGGGUUAAUGGGGGGAUUGGUGAGGGGGUAAAGGACAGUUUGGGCGGCCUGCGUGACUCUUUUGUCAUCCAUGUGCCAUGGUAAUGUGUGACAGGCACAGUGGGAAGGGGAGGAUCCACUCUUUGUUCUUGUACUGGUUUUCAGAGUUUGGAAGUGGCGUAAAUCGAUCCUGAAAUUCUUCCUGUCCCUUGCCAUAUCUAUGCAGGACAGCAAAUGCUCCUAAGUGACAAUGAAGACACACAGGGUCAAACCAGAAUGGCUUGUCAUUGCUCCUCUUUUUAUACAGCACUACCUCAUAUAAAGGAAAAAAAUAAUUCUAUUCUGAGUCUUUUCAAGUGCCUUGAACAAACUGACUGUUACUCAGUCACAGAAUAACUUGGCAGUUUUCUCAUCAUUGCAACUCGAGUCUUUACAGACGGCAUGGAGAGACUCAGAACUGCACUCAAGGGCUGUCCAGUCCAUCGAUGUCAGCUUUCAGUGAACCAAAUACCAAUACUUAUAUGGCAACACCACUAGACUGCAUUGAGCAUUAGAAAUGGGAGCCGAACGUCAGGGAGUGGAUGCACAUGUACUGUUCAGCCCAGAUCCUCCUUAUGUCUGUAAUUCUUAGUGUUUAAUAAAAUCUUUACAAUUUCUUC